GGGCGCAGUGACGUCCCUUCCGCGUCUUCCUGUGUGGCGGCGGUGGGUGCGUGCCGUGCGGCUGCUUCUCCGUCUGGGCCAUGGCGAUGUCUGUGGGCGAGGUGGGCGCGGGGUCAGGCGGAGGAGUGAGCCGGCUGAGGCGGCAGCUGGAGUCCGGGAGCUACGCGGCCGAGGAGUACGUGAAGCAGCUCUCUCAGCAGUCGGAUGGUGACCGGGACCUGCAGGAGCACCGCCAGCGCAUCCAGGCCCUGAGCGAGGAGACGGCGCAGAGCCUGAAGCGCAACGUCUACCAGAACUACCGGCAGUUCAUCGAGACGGCGCGCGAGAUCAGCUACCUGGAGAGCGAGAUGUACCAGCUCAGCCACAUCCUCACCGAGCAGAAGGGCAUCCUGGAGGCCGUCACCCAGGCCCUGCUCCUCCAGGCCGAGCGCGACGACCCCGCCAUGGCCAGCGCACGCAGAGCCGCCGCGGCCGCGGGGGCUUCCUCGGACCCCCAUGCCAACCCCUUCCUGCCCCUCUCGGCCAAGGAGGCCUCCGCCAGCGAGGAGGGACGCCGCCGGACCCUGACCACUCUGCUGGAGAAGGUGGAGGGCUGCCGCGACCUGCUCCCAGAGAGCCCCGGCAAGUACCUGGUCUACAAUGGGGACCUGGUGGAGUACGACGCCGACCACAUGGUCCAGGUCCAGAAGGUGCACGCCUUCCUCAUGAACGACUGCCUGCUGGUAGCCGCCUGGCUGCCCAACCGGCGGGGCACCUACCGCUACGACGCCCUCUACCCUCUGGACGGGCUGGCCGUCGUCAACGUCAAGGACAACCCACCCAUGAAGGACAUGUUCAAGCUCCUCAUGUUCCCAGAGAGCCGCAUCUUCCAAGCUGAGAAUGCCAAGAUCAAGAAAGAGUGGCUGGAAGUGCUGGAGGAGACCAAGAGGAGCCGCGUCCUGAGCGAGAAGCGGAGGCUGGAACAAGAAAUCCCGGCAAGGGCCCCUCCGCAGACCCCCCCAGAGACCACCAACCCUUUUGAGGAGGAUGAGGAGGAGGAAAGGGGGACACCCGAAGAGGAAGAAGAAGCGGUAGAUCUCUCCCUGGAGUGGAUCCAGGAGUUGCCAGAAGACCUGGAUGUCUGCAUCGCCCAGAGAGACUUUGAAGGGGCGGUCGACUUGCUGGAUAAGCUGAAUGAGUAUCUAGGGGACAAGCCUGUGACCCAGCCAGUCAGGGAGUUACGAGCAAAAGUGGACGAAAGAGUCAGGCAGCUCACGGAUGUGCUUGUGUUUGAGCUCUCUCCAGAUCGGUCGCUGCGAGGUGGGCCCAGGGCGACCCGCCGCGCCGUUUCUCAGCUCAUCCGGUUGGGCCAGUCGACCAAGGCGUGUGAACUUUUCCUGCGGAACAGGGAAGCUGCUGUUCACACGGCCAUCCGGCAGUUGCGCAUUGAAGGUGCCACUCUGCUGUACAUUCACAAGCUCUGCCAUGUCUUCUUCACCAGUUUGCUAGAGACUGCGAAGGAGUUUGAGACGGACUUUGCUGGCAACAGCGGCUGCUAUUCGGCUUUUGUUGUGUGGGCCCGAUCCGCUAUGAGGAUGUUUGUGGAUGCAUUCAGCAAGCAGGUGUUUGACAGUAAGGAGAGCUUAUCUACUGCUGCUGAGUGUGUAAAGGUGGCGAAGGAACACUGCAAGCAGCUCAGUGAGAUUGGGUUGGACCUGACUUUCAUCAUUCAUGCCCUGUUAGUGAAGGAUAUCAAAGGCGCUUUGCAGAGCUACAAAGACAUCAUCAUUGAGGCCACAAAGCAUCGCAACUCUGAAGAGAUGUGGAGGAGAAUGAACCUAAUGACACCAGAAGCUUUAGGAAAGCUUAGAGAAGAAAUGAGGAGCUGUGGUAUCACCAGUUUUGACCAAUACACUGGUGACGACUGCUGGGUGAACCUAAGUUACACAGUUGUGGCUUUCACAAAACAGACAAUGGCUUUCUUGGAGGAAGCCCUCAAACUGUACUUCCCAGAGCUGCACAUGGUUCUGCUGGAAAGUCUGCUGGAGGUCAUCCUUGUGGCUGUCCAACAUGUUGAUUACAGUUUACGCUGCGAACAGGACCCUGAGAGGAAGACAUUCAUUAGGCAGAAUGCAUCGUUCCUCUACGAAACUGUUCUUCCAGUGGUGGAGAAGCGGUUUGAGGAAGGAGUUGGGAAGCCAGCUAAGCAGUUACAGGAUCUCAGGAAUGCUUCAAGACUGAUGCGUGUUAAUCCUGAAAGUACUACCUCUGUGGUGUGAAAUGUAAUGCCUCAAUCCUUUUCAUAUAAAUUUUGUAUAUACAUGUAUACACAUAACCUUUUUUUCAAUCCCCUAACAGUAGCCAAAUCUAAGAAGGCUCCCUUUAGUGGGUAAUGUAUUGCAAAUAAAAUGGAAAGGAAAGAAAAUGGAAAACUUAAAGUAAAUACUGUAGUUGGAAAGCCACAUUCCCUCCAAAGGUCUGGUUGUGGCAUUUUAGGUAAAGGAGAUUACCUGGUGACAUAAAAUGUUUUGGUCCAGAACCUAACAAGUUAAUAUAGAUAUAAUUAUACUAAUUAGAAUAUGAUAAAAAAUAAUUGCUAAUGAAUAUUCAUUUGUUUUGUAGGAGCAUAACUGAUAUAGGAUACACCUAGCAAUUUUAUUAUAUUGGGUUUCAGAAGAAGAAAAAUAACCUAUUUGGGAAACAAAAUACAUACAUACAUAAUUCCCUCUUAGAGAAUUUGAGAAAAAAAUGGUAAAAAAUUUAGUGCAUACUUUAUUUCAAAAAGAUUUAGCUUAAAAUUCCUAUGAAACCGAAAACUUGACAUGACAGUAGAAUUCAAAGUCUUUUGAAGUUCAUUUCCAGUGUACAUCAUGAAACUUGGCAGCAGUAAAUAUUACAGUAAUUGUAAAGAGGUCAAAUAUGUGUCUGGUUGAUUUGUAGCAGAUGAUAAAGGAAUAAGUAAAGUGCUAGUGCCAAAGAGACAUCCCAAGGAGCUAUGUGCACAAAGAAAACAAGCAAAUGGUUGGAUUUUCCUGCAGUUUUGCUAGUGUUUUUGCAAUCCAAGCACCAAAUCUGUUUAUUUAACUUUUAAAAAUCACUCUACAUUUUUAAUUAGAUGUGUUGGAAACUGCAGAGAAAGUACUGCAAUUCCCUUGUACCUAUACAUACAUGUCUGCAGAUAGCGCACAGUGUUUCUUUGUGCCAUACAUCUCUGGAUUGUCACUAGUGCUGUUAACUGAAGGAGAGGUAUAUAAACCAUGACCAAGCUGAUUCUCUGUUUAUGUAGCAUAGAAGAAUUAUGGCUGAAAAUAUAAAUGAAACUUUCCAGAUUACCUUAAUACUGGGACCUAUGGAAAUUUCAUGAUGGGGUACAAAUCAUCAAUUUGCAAUCAGGUGCUGAAGGGUGCAAUGGGACUAACCAUAUGUAGGUAGCAAGAAGCUUUUAGAUUAUUGCAAGUGGAAAUUGGGGUGGAGUCAUGCAUGAAAUGAGGGAGCAAAAACCUCUAAGGACUGUAGCUGAGGCCUAAUGAUAGCAAUUUCAUCUGUAGGUCUGUGCAAGUGGUAUUGUGUAUAAAAUGUGCAGGCUGGUUUUUUUCUUUUCAAGAGCAUAUGGGAUUCUCUCCAAAUCUAAUGCUGUCUACUGUAGCAUUCCCCAGCAUGAUGCCUUCCAGAUGUGCUGAUAUGCCACUCACAUCAUCUCCGUGUUGGCUGGUAGAAGAUUAGGGUUGUAACAUAACAUAUCUGGAAAUCAAUUUGGGAAAUGCUGAUCUCUAUGGUGAGCCACCCCACCCCCCUCAUUUCCUGUGUUCUCUGUUCAACCAGAAUUAAUAGCACAAAAAGGACAUAUUCCAACUGGCUAUAAAAUGAGCCUUACAGUCAGUCUUCAGCAAAGUGAAAUGCAAUGUCUGGGUUGUAUGAUGAAAGUAUUAAACCUUCUAAUUCACUAUUGUGAUCUUUAGAUCUACACAGUGGAGAUUUUGUGCCUUUGGUAGGGAGGGCUGGCAUCACUGUCAAAACUAUUGGAAAUAAAACAUAAUUGCCCAGAGAGAAGAGAUGUAGACAUUACCUCUUUCUUACCCACAAAAGCUUGGUUCAAACAGUUGAGGGAAGUCUCUUGUCUGUUGCUGCUAGCAGUUCUUAUGGCAGGAAUACUUACCUGACUAUGGUUCAUGUGUAGCUAAAUUUCUUCAGCUUCUUUUUUCUCUCCAAAAAGGUAUAGACUAGAGAAUGUGGUAGACAGUAUUCACUCUAGAGUACCAUGGUGACACAUGCAUUUACACCAAAGGAGAUUAGAUAAGAAUUUAUCACUUUAUUGACUAGAGCAGGAAAGAAUAAUACAGAAGCAGUUUUUUGGUCUCUAGUGAUUGUAUCGCUUAAAUACAACCAUCUUCUUGCCAGUACACUCCAUCCUGUAAUCUUAGCAGAUCCAAGAAAUUGACAUUUCAUUCAAAGACAAGAAUCUCAUCUAGUGAUCAGAUGUUUGAAGAUGUCCCUGAUUAUCUUUGUUUAUAGAACAGUUAUGAGUAUUGCACAACCCUGAAUAAUCUUGGUCUUUAAUCAUUUAUUAUUCUGUUUAUGCCACAUCCAAGAGUAUAUGGAGGUCAAAUUCUUUAUGAAAGAGAGCAGUGAUAUAUACUUAAACUUGCCAGUUUUCUUGUAUGUAUUUAAGUGUAAGAGAGAUAAGCCUGAAAGGUUCUGAACAUUAAAAUCAUUACCAUCAUCAUCUCUUUACACCCCAGCUUUCCCUCCCAAAUUAGGGACUUAUCACUUAAUAGCAAUAGCAUUUACAUUUCUAUACUGGUUCCUAGUAAACUCAGCACUCUCUAAGCAGUUUACAGUGGGUAAGGCAAUUGCCCCCAGCAUGCUGGAUACUCAUUUUACUGGCCUAUGAAAGGAUGGAAAGCUGAUUCUUCCUUGGAGUCGUGGGAUUGAACUCACAACGUUGUGGCUGCAGUAGCAGCAUUUAAGCACUGCACCACCAGGGCUUUCUAAAUAAAAUGGUACCAAAAGUUUCUAGCACCAUUUUUGGGAUAUUGGAUGUAAUGAUUUGAGCCUUCAGUUCCACUGCUUCAUACAAAAUACAGUCUCAUCUUUAUUGGAAUUGGUAAGUGGGGAGCAUAGCUGGGGUUUCCAAAGCAGUGAUUUGUACAAGAUCUUGGGUUCUGUCUUUGCUGUAAUGUGCCAGGAGGUAGUUUGUAUGCAUUCACUUGUUCUAUAUGAACUAACAGCAGUUGGUACAAUAUUUGGUAAGACCACAGAAUCAUCUAAAGUUGCCUAAACGAAUCAAAUCCCCUGUAGUAAGGGUGGGGUACCUGCAGAAUCCCCAACUGAUGGCUCUUUAGAUGCUGAACUACUGCUUCCAUUAUCCCUUAUCAGCCUGGCUAUGCUACUGAGAACAGGAGACCAGCAAUUUAGGAUGCUAUAUAACUAUUUCAAUAUAAUUAACAAUGUUGAGGUUCUGUAGGUUGAGAAUGAUUCAUUCCUGCAUGGAGGCUGUGCAGUCUGUUUGUGCCUACCAUAUCCAGAGGCAGGAGAUCCGUACAUCAGGAUGAUGGCUGAAAUAGGAUUUUGAUCUGGAUUAAGUUAAAAUGAGUCUUGUGACCAGUGGUUUAGUAGAGCCAAGGCUUGCAGAUUGAAAGCCCUAGGAAUUUUGACUAGCAGACUAUGACAGCAUCUGCCAUGCCCCUUGGACUCUCAGCAAUGCAUUGUUAUAAGCUAGUCCUGUUGCAAUUCAGUGUAUUUUAAACACAAAUCCUACUCCUAGUGCUGAUGAAAACUACAACACUGCCUCUUUCAUUUUUGGACUUUUGUUAGUGUUACUAUCAUAAAGGUCUGUGUUUCAUCAGUUUAUCACCAUACCAGUGCUUGACCUGGCCUAAAGAUUUAACAAGUUCUAUUUGUAAUUAUCAGUGGGCUGGGGCCUGUGAAAUCUUAUGCCAAAUAAAAUACACAAGUCUUUAUUGCA